GGCGCACUGGAAACAGCGACACGUCAGCUAGACCAGAUGAUUGAUCAAGCACGCUACAGGCAUCAUCAACAUAGGAGCAAAUUCAAAGAAGCAAUUGAUUAUCUCGACCAAAUUUUCGAAGAUCUCAAGAAAGAAGGCGAUCAAACGGCUGAUGAUACGCAUCGGUCGUGUCCAGCGCCAGUUGUCCCAAUCCGUAAAGGGAGUGUGAAAGGAAGCGGUAAGCAGCCUACGCCGUUAACCACACAGCAGCAGCCAAAUAUCGCUUCGCAAGUGAAGUUACGGUCUCAGAGCGGCCUCGGUGUCACAGAAAUGCUGGACCAGCGGAAAAGCUCUGCAAGAUACUUUUGUCAUGGAUUAUUGGCAUCUGUCUUCGUAGCUGCUAUCUGUGAUUUUUAUCUCUUCCGAAGUUACGAAAAUGGUGGCCACCGCCCUGUAUUCAGUUUUUCACCUUUUAUGAAUGGCCUUGUUCAAGCGGCACAACAUAAUGCUAUGGCUUCAGUGCUCGAUCGAUUUAAGAAAAUUGAUGUCUUCUGA